UACACGCUUACACAUACGAGACGAUCGAUGGUAGCAAGGGCCAUACUUCCAGCCGAUUUGGCACCUAUAUAAAUCAGACAUGCAGGAAACCAUAGCAGAGGCAACCAAAGCCCAAGGCAGCAAGCAACAACACAUAGGUACAGAGGGCACUGAGGCCAGUUUGCUCACACUGCUGCAAGACCAGAGAGCAAUGGAGGCGAGCGGCAGCAAGUCCGGCCCCAUGCCGCCGAGGAACGCUGAUGCCGCCGUCGCCCACCCCAAACCGCCAGUCCAUCCCCCGGUCCCGCCGCCGCGGCGGCGCAGCGAGGUGGUCCUCCCGCCGCUGGAGACGCCGCAGCUCCAGCAACCUCCAGCAGGGUUCCGCGCAGUGCAGCAGCACGUUUCCAGCAUCAGCCUGCCGGCGUCGCCAGGUAGUAGCUUGGGCGUCCUGACGCCCACCGCCGCCGCGACGACCGACUCCGCCGACCUCCGGAGGCAGGCCAUGGCGAACGCGGCGCGCGGCGGGCCAGGGCUGCACCGCCUCGCCGCGCAGGACACUGGCAGCAACAGCGUCCGCUUCACGUUCGCGCAGCCGGACAUGGACAGGGAGGCCAUGAUGUUCCGGUCACAGCCCAUCCCUCGCCCGCCGCCCGCAACCACGGCCGCCGGCCGCGGCAGCAGGCACUGGCACUGGCACGCGGAUAGGCGCUACGACUCGUUCAAGACGUGGUCCGGGAAGCUUGAGCGGCAGAUCACCCACCUUGCCGGCGGGCCAAACAACGACCUCGACGACGACGACGUCGGCGACGACGACAUCGGCAUCAGCCACCGCACCCACGCCACAUCCGUCCCCGAGGUGGAUCGUUUCUACGCCGCCCUGGAAGGCCCCGAGCUCGACCAGCUGAAGCCGUCGGAGGACCUGGUGCUGCCGUCGGACACGACGUGGCCGUUCCUGCUCCGGUUCCCGAUCUCGGCGUUCGGUAUCCCCAUGGGCGUCAGCAGCCAGGCGAUCCUGUGGAAAGCGAUCACGCUGUCGGUGCCGACGACGUUCCUGCACGUGACCUCCAAGGUGAACCUCGUGCUCUGGUGCGUCUCGGCGGCGCUCAUGGCCGCCGCCUCCGCCACCUACGCCUGCAAGGUGGCGCUCUACUUCGAGGCGGUCCGGCGCGAGUACUACCACCCCAUCAGGGUCAACUUCUUCUUCGCGCCAUGGAUCAUCUGCCUCUACCUCGCCAUCGGCGUGCCGCACUCCGUCACGUGGGCGGCGAGGCUGCCGCACUGGCUCUGGUACGUGCUCAUGGCGCCGCUGCUGUGCCUGGGCCUCAAGAUCUACGGCCAGUGGAUGUCCGGCGGGCAGCGGCGGCUGUCCAAGGUGGCCAACCCGUCCAACCACCUGUCGCUGCUGGGCAACUUCGUCGGCGCGCAGCUCGGCGCCACCAUGGGCCUCAGGGAAGGUCCCCUCUUCUUCUUCGGCGUCGGCGUCGCGCACUACGUCGUGCUGUUCGUGACGCUGUACCAGCGGCUGCCGACCAACGAGACGCUGCCCAAGGAGCUCCACCCGGUGUUCUUCCUCUUCGUGGCGGCGCCCAGCGUGUCGUCGGUGGCGUGGUCCAAGAUCACCGGCGAGUUCGGCGUCUUCUCCAAGCUCGCCUUCUUCGUGGGGAUGUUCCUGUACGCGUCGCUGGGCGUGCGGAUCAACUUCUUCCGCGGGUUCAGGUUCUCGCUCGCGUGGUGGGCGUACACGUCGCCGAUGGCCGGCGCGGCGGCGGCGGCGAUCCGAUACUCGGCGGAGGUGGACAACGGCUUCACCAGGGCGCUGUGCGUCGCGCUGUCCGCGGUGGCCACGCUCACCGUGGCGGCGCUCCUCGCCACCACCGUCGUGCACGCAUUCGUGCUCCGGAACCUGUUCCCCAACGACAUCUGCAUCGCUAUUACCGAGCGCAAGGUGAAGCCGAUCAUGGAGCUGCACGAGAGUAGUCACGGACAAGAAGAUUUAGAGGCCACCGAUGCAACCGGGGCCACAGCAGCAGCUUAAUUGAGCUAAAAAAUGCUGAAGCACAACAACGAUAUUUGCCUGUGCCUGUGCCUGUGCGCGUAUGUAUAUUUGCUGUGGUUUUCUAGUGUUUGUGACCAAGUCACGAAAUAAGUGAGUAAUUGUUGUUUUGCAAAAAGGUAAGUAAUUAUCUUUCUGGUAUAAUUAGAGGCUUCUUUUGAGCAUUGAAGUUAAUCCAUACACGCGUGUACGCGCGCUCUACAAA